GAAAGAAAGACAAUGAGAUAAAACCCUGGUCUCCUGUUCUGGCAUUUCCAAUUUCUCUAAUAUUCUAAAGGCUCAUCCUUUUUUUAAAUUCACCUUUUCGAAUUUCUGUGACCCUUUCCAUGUCCUCAGCCCUCUCCCCAGCUCUCCAGCCAUUAUACUCUCCGAUAUAUUUUAUUAACAUUAUCAUAAACUUUAUCAAAUUUUCAUCAAGCGGUGAUCAUAAAGGGGAGCUAGCUUACACACACACACAUAUAUAUAUAUAGUGAAACCAGGCUCAUCACAACAUAACCCACACAAUAAGAAAAAAAGCCAAGUUAAAGUAAAAGCCAUGGGGAGAGCUCCUUGCUGUGACAAAGCCAACGUCAAGAAAGGCCCUUGGUCACCAGAAGAAGAUGCCACCCUCAAGGCUUACAUCGAGAAGCACGGCACCGGCGGCAACUGGAUUGCCUUGCCCCAGAAGAUAGGCUUAAGAAGGUGCGGCAAAAGCUGUCGACUUAGAUGGUUGAAUUAUCUCCGGCCUAAUAUCAAGCACGGCGGGUUCUCAGAGGAAGAAGAUAACAUCAUCUGCAGCUUCUACAUGAGUAUUGGAAGCAGGUGGUCUAUCAUUGCAGGCCAGUUACCAGGGCGAACGGACAACGAUAUUAAGAACUACUGGAACACAAGGCUGAAGAAAAAGCUUUUGGGCAGGCAGCGCAAACAACAACAGGUUCAGCAAAGUCGCCGCACGGCCAGCUUUAAGCAAGGGAUGAUCAAAAGAUCAGAAAAUAUUGCAAAUUUUAUUAAUAUCCCUGCUGGGUUUGACAACCAAAACCCUUAUGACUUGCCAGAGCUACCAGUAGUCCCAGUGACUAAUUAUCAAACACAUAACCCUCAACUCAUCAAGGAUCAGGCUUCCAUUAAGAAUAUGCUCAUCAAUCUUGGAGGAAGAUUUUCCCAUGAUUCUGACACUAACAAUACAAGUUUUCAGUACCCCAUCGAUAUUUUGUCAACCUCAUCCUCAGAUCAACAAUUUUAUCAGAGCUCCAUUAAUGUACUCAGUUGUACUUCAGCAGCCAACAACAAUAACUAUUCUCAAUUUCCAGGCACACACUGUGAUGCUAGUAACGGUACUGGGGGUUCAAGUAGUCCAACCAUGUUUCACGGGCUCAACGAUCAGAACAACAACCUACAGGUUGAUCAUCUUCACCCGCUAAGUGAACUGGAGAUUUACGACAACAAUUUUGCUCACCAACAUCAGCAAUUGGGUGGUUUUUAUUAUCAAGCCACCACGGAGACGUUGAACAAUGGUAGCACUGCAGGGACUAGUACUGCUUCUGCAGAGAGUGAAAUUAGUUGGGGAGACAUAAAUUCCCUGGUUUAUAGUACUCAAAUGGUUGCAGGCUAUGAAACCAGCUGCCCACAAGCAGUCACAGUACCACCAGGUCUUCCUACUGUUUUUGCAGAGUCGACCUUAUUGGGCCUCAAAUAACACCAAUGUACAUGCAUGGUAAUUAGGGUUAGAGGGUUGUAAAUUAAUUUGGUGUCUGAAUUCAGUAGGAUUUCUUUCCUUUUCAGUCAUACUUCUGUCUUUCUUAAUUGUUUUUUGGUAAUUCAUGAAUGAUGAUUCAACUGGGUGCUAGUGGAACACAAUACCUGCAUGACCUUUAACUGUACCACUAAGCAAAUAAAUUACAGGGGG